GAUAUAUGCUCAGUUGUUAUAGCUGUCAUCACUAACUGUCAUAUUUGACAUUAGUCCGUUUUAUUUCGGCUUUAUUUUUAUAUUGUUUUCUUUGGCAUUGCACAAAUGUACAAUAACAGACGGGAACCAAUACCGAGCCACAUUCGCGCCAAUACAUUUGACAAAGAACGCGCAACGGCGCAUGAAAAUUAGGAGCAGCUGUUAACUGUUAACUGUUCCAUACGCCCGAUCAACGUGUGCGCCUAAGGUUAUCGAACAAACUAAUAUAUAUAUAUAUAUAUAUAUAAAUAUAUAUAUAACACAUAGAUGUUAAAAUUUGUGGUGCACGACGCCGUUGGCUAUGUGCGCAGCAAUGUGCGUGAAUUCAGUCUCAAUGCGCUACGGCUGCUGCCACAGUUGCCACAAUUAAGCCCCUACGAUGUAAAUAUUACUUUAAAAGAGCACGAGUUCGUUUACAACUUCCCGCUGGACGGCGUCAUACGCAGCUAUGAAACAAAUCAGCUCGGCUCCAAUUCUCCCUGCGAAGAUUCUCGAACCGAGGCAAGUCUCAUGUAUCGAAACGGCUUCAUCUGCGGGAUCUUUGACGGACAUGCGGGCGCUGCCUGCGGACAGGUUGUAUCGAAGAGGCUCCUGCGUUACAUAUCUGCUGCCACACUGCCGCGCCAAGUGCUGCGCGAGCAAAUGAAACAAAAUUGCACCAGCCAAUCCUUUCUCAAGUGUCACAACGACAAAGUGGAUUUUGUUAGUGAGAUUCGGCCCAUGUAUGAGCAGAGCUUUCAGCGUUAUAUUAAGCGACUGAGCAGCGAGCCGCCGCGGGAUGUGGCUAAAGAGCUGGAACAGGCGUUCGUCCAGCUGGAUACCGACUUGUCUGAGGAGGCGCUGAGCACCAACGAUGUGCGCACAAUGGGCGUUGCGCUGUCUGGUGCCGUUGCCUGUUUGGUUCACUUGGAGGGUCUGCAGCUGCAUGUGGCUAGCACUGGCGACUGCGGCGCCGUGCUGGGCGUGCUCGAUCCAGAGACUAAUCAGUGGCAUCCCAAGAAGCUCAACAUUGAGCACAAUGUGGAGAACAUGCAGGAGGUGAGCCGGAUUCUGGGCGAGCAUCCGCGUGAGGAACGUGAAACGGUGAUACGCAACGGACGACUGCUCAGCCAGCUGGCGCCAUUGCGCGCCUUUGGCGAUUUUCGCUACAAAUGGCCAUUGGAGACGCUGCAGGAGAAGGUGGUGCCCAUGUUUGGCGAACAGGUGUUGCCGCCUAAUUAUUAUACGCCACCGUACCUGACCGCCCGGCCCGAUGUGCAACAGCACGAGCUGUCCUCGAACGACAAGUUUCUAGUCAUUGCCAGCGAUGGCCUAUGGGACUUUUUAACGCCCAGCGAAGUGGUCAGCCUUGUGGGCGAGCACAUCAACUCGAAGAAGAUAUUGGAGCCGAUGCGACUACCGCCUGGCGAUGUCAAGCUGCAGCAAAUCUCCGAGCAAUUGGCGGAGCGCAAAGCGGGUCUGACUCGGAAGCCCAUUGAUCAGAAUGCUGCGACGCAUUUGAUACGCCAUGCGCUGGGCGCCACGGACUAUGGCAUUGAGCACUCGAAGAUCUCGUAUUAUUUGUCGCUGCCACAGGAUGUGGUGCGUCUGUAUAGGGACGAUAUAACCAUAACCGUUAUCUUCUUCAACUCGGAGCACAUUGCCAAGCUCAAGGGCGAGUCGCUAACAACCACUAAACAGCCGCCAGCGGCGUGAGCUACUAAUCAGCCAGUCGAAGCUUUAGCUUUAGCUUUACCUUUAGCUGCGCCCCAUCCCAUUGAGUCAUUGGCUUCUAUGAAUACUGUUAAUGUCUCUAUUUAUAUGGCCAGCAGUCGUUAUUCUUGUAGCCCUUUAAGUUUGUUUCUCGUUUAAGUUUGGUUUUUUGCCAGCAUAUAUUUUUCAAUUCUCUCGCCCAACUAAACAUAUUGUUGUUGUUGUUGUUGUUAUUUGCGCAUAUGUGCCAGGACCUUCGCCAAGUGCCGGCCUAAUGCCAAUAAAAAUUGCAGAGCUAAUAACCCUUAAA